AUGUCCCCCUCUCGUUCCCCCCUUUCCUCCUCUCCCUCCUCUCCUUCUCUCGCGUCACUCCUUUCGCAGCACCACCAGCACUUGCAGCAGUGGCAGCGGCACUUAGACCGAGCCGUUUUCACUCCGCUCUCUGACCCCACUCAACCGCUUGCCGUGAUGAGUAAAAUACUUAAGAAUUCUCCGAAAGUUCCGCUGCUGGUGGCGGUGGAUGGGCGCGUGCCAGACGCAGUGGCGGGAGGGGCGUGGGAGCAGGCGGGGGGAAGGAUGGCGCGCGUGACGUGGCGGAAAGGAGGGGGGAGGGAAGCGGGGAGGAAGGGGGAGAUGGAAGGGCGGGGAGGGGAUCAGGGAGAGGUGGGGGAUGGGGACAGGGGGGGUGCUAGCCAGGGGGAGGAGGAGAGCGUUGGAGCGGGGGAAGAGAGGAGGGUGGAAGGGGGAGGCGUGAGGAGACGUUUAGGAGUAGUGGAGAGACGGAAAUGGAGGGUCGGUACAGUGAAGGAGGUGGGGACGAGUGAGGAAAGAUCGAUACAGCGGCACGUGCAGGAGCAGGAGGAGCAGCAGAACCAGCAGCAGCAACAACAGCAGCGGCAGCGACGGCGAGGGUUGUUGGAAGAGCGGCGAUGGAGGGAGGGGGUGAAGGCGAGGGCUGUGUCAUGCCUGGCGAUGUUUCAGCAGCACGAGACGCUGCAGGGAAGACUGGCUCAAGGCCUGCGUAAGGCAGCGGGAGGGAAGCACCCCUUGAAGGCUCUCAUGGCUGCUACAAGAGCCGACCUGCAGCGGUUGCAGCAGCAGCUGCAGGGGCAGUGCAGAGUUGCUGCGAGGGACUUACGGCUGAGAAUGGCCGAGUGGAGCAAGCUGGCGAGAGAGGCUGGAUCUGGGAGCGAGGGACUGGGAGAGGGAGGCGUGGGAAGAGGGACUGGGGCUGGAGGAGGAGAAGAAGGAAGAGGGGCGGGGGGGGAUGGGAGGCAAGAGGGAAGUAAUGAGGGGCGUAUGGAGGGAAGGAAAGGGGAGGGUAACGAGCAGGCAAGUAGUAGAAGCACGAGGUGGUGCAGCGGGCAGGAGACGGGCAGGGCAGCUCGCACCUGCACGGGGCUGAGAUCUCCUUCCCCUCUCGCACGGCUCUCCCCCCACCUCUUCCCCUCCCCGCCCCCUGCCGUCUCCUUCCUCCUGCAGUACUUCCGCCAGCCUGGCAUGAUUGCUGACCUGCUCGCCCGCCCCCAUAACUGCACCUGGGUUCCGAGGGCUGGGGGGACGGGGAAGGGGAGGAGAAAAAGGGAGGCGGGUGGAAUUGGGGGUGAUAGGAAGGGGGAGGCAGGGCGGCAAGGGGGAGCGGUGGAGGGAGGGAGUGUGAGGGUGGUGGAGAUGCUAGUGCAUGCGGAUAGUCCUGAAGAGUGGAGGGAAUGGAGGGAGUACUGGUGUGGAAGGAAGCCGCUGACCAACCCUGCUGACCCUGCUGCCUCUGCCGGUGCUGCUGGUGCUCUUGCCGCUGCCAGUGCAAAAAGAAACAGUACCACAAGAAGCAGCAGCAGCAGCAGCAGCAGCAGUGGCAGCGGCAGAAGCAGCAGCAGCAAGUGUCCCGGAAACCCAUACUUCCACCUGCAGGUCACCUUCGAUCACAACUCGCACGAGAUCCGCGGCUUCAACACCCACGCCAAAACAGCCCGCGGUAACGUGGUAACCCUGUUACAGGACGACGACCUGCUGCCGUGGGACUGCAGCUGGCUGUGGGGCAUCCUCCAUGAGAUGGACGCACGGCCGCUAGUCGCUGCAGUGGGCUACAGGACAGGGAAGAUUGACGUGGAUGGGAGUAACUGGGGUGCUCCCCUCACCUGGUACAGGUUCGGGGGAUGGCUCUGGACCCACCCGUCCUACGACCCCCGAACCAGCCUACGGGGUUUUUUCGCGGGUGUGGUGGAUUUUGCGCCGUUUGUGAUGCGGCGGGAUGUGUUUUUGGAAUUAGGGGGGCUUGAUGAGGGGCUGUCGGCGCGGGGUGAGUGCGGGAUUAUCACCGAUUGGCAUUUCACUUAUCGGAUCUGGUUUGCUGGUUACCAGGUAAUGAAUGUAGCGUGGGAUCCUCCGGAGAGUGGGAUUGGGAGGGGUGUGGAGGGCGGCACACAUGUGGGCGUGAGAUUGAGCCUACGGCACCUGCACUUUCUGAUUAAUGAUGGGCAGAUGAGAAGGCAUCAGAUAGAGGUGCUUAAUGCAUGGCAGCAGAGGGAGGUGAAGAGGGUGAAUGUGAUGUGCCGCGUCAACGACCCACACCCCUUUCCCGCCUGCAUGUCCGCGUGCCGCCACUUCCCCCUUGCCCCUUGCGUUGCCCCUUUCCCUACCCUUGCCCCUUGCUCCGUUCCCCUUGUCCUGCCGAUUCUUUUGUGCCCCUUGCGCCCCUGGGCCCCCUCGCCCCUUGGCUUCGCCCCCUUGUCCCCCUCGCCCCUUCGCCCUUUCUCCCCUUCCCCCCCUCGCCCCUUUCCCACCUGCAUGUCCGUGUGCCGCCACUUCCCCCUUGCCCCUUGCGUUGCCCCUUUCCCUACCCUUGCCCCUUGCUCCGUUCCCCUUGUUCUGCCCAUUCUUUUGUGCCCCUUGUGCCCCUGGGCCCCCUCGCCCCUUGGCUUCGCCCCCUUGUCCCCCUCGCCCCUUCGCCCUUUCUCCCCUUCCCCCCCUCGCCCCUUCGCCCCCUUCGCCCCUUCCCUCCCUCGCCCCUUCGCCCCUUCGCCCCUUCCCCCUUUCGCCCCUUCCCCCCCUCCCCUCUUCGCCCCUAUACCCCCCCUGCCCCUUCGUCCCAUUCCCCCCACUCCCUUUCGCCCCUUCCACCCCUCGCCCCUUUGCCCCUUCGCCCCUUCCCUCCCUCCGCCCCUUUGCCCCUUUGCCCCAUCCACCCCUCGCCCCUUCGCCCUUUCUCUCCUUCUCCCCUUCGCCCCUUCCCCCCCUCGCCUCUUCCCCCCCUCGCCCCUUCGCCACUUCCCCCCUUCGCCCCUUUCCCCUCUCGCCCCUUGCCCACCCAGCGAGGAAGCCAAUCAAGGCAAGGCCUCCCCUGCAUGA